CUCGAUUGGCGUAUACGUUAAUCAUGAAGGUAUGUACCUUAAUUUCUUCCUAUAUAUAAAUAUCACCAUUUCUUUAUCAGCAUCAUUGGUUCAAAUUUAACAUUUACUGUAAUAAUAAUGGUGCAGCAGAAGAUAGUUAUCAGUGCAAACAUGGGGUGUGACAAAUGCAGGGUCAAGGCUCUACAGGUUGCUGCAACAACAAAUGGUGUGGUUUCAGUUGCAGUAGAGGGUGCAGACAAGGAUAAGCUCGUGGUGAAAGGGGAUGGGGUUGACUCAGUGGAGUUAAUUCGCUCGUUGAGAAAAAAGGUUCGGGCUGCUACCCUUUUGAGCGUGGAAGAAGAGAAGGAAAAGGCUCAGAAGGAAGAGACAGGGAAAGGGAAGGAUGAGAAGGAAGAGGUACCAACUCCGAUACAAUCCUGGCAUCCUUAUCCUCCAUAUGAACUGAUAAUUUACGAAGGACACCCCAGCAUUUGUCCCCUGUUCGUGUGGUAGAGCGUUGUGAUCACCAUUGCUGCAAGUCUGUUUAAUGCAAUUAUAUGCUUUCCAUUUCUGUUCAUAUGUAUGUUUGCAUUGAGCAGUUUCCUGGGAUUGUGAUAUCUUGGC